AUGAUAACACUCGAGAGUUAUCACGUUAUGAUUGUAUCCAAAUACUUUGAUACAUUUUGCGACUUUGUACAUUUAGAAAUGGUAACCAAGAAAUAUCGAGGAACAAUUAAUAAAUUUCAUUUUAAUCCAAUUCCUCUUAAUAAUCACACACUUAAAUAUUUCCAACACAUAGAAACCCUACAUUUAUAUUCAAAUGAUGAUAUAACUUUUGGUAAUGAUUAUUUAACUAACAAAGUUAACGACUUGAUUCAAACACGUCAGAAUACAACAUCAAAAACAUUUUUUCAAGUAAUUAUAUGGUAUUCUGUGUCGUGCUAUACUGCUCUUACUUACUCGUCUUUCCGUUAUGUCUUCAAAAAUGUGGCUUUCACAUGCAAAGAUGUUGACAUCUAUUUUACAUGCAUUCCACGUGUAGCAACUUCCAUUGCGUUGAAUUGUUUUUCAGGUUGCUUGACAUUACUUUCAAUUGUUCUUCCUCCAAAGAUCAGAACAAUAGAAGACAAUUCCUUUUAUAAUUGCGUCCAUCUAAGCUCAAUUGUACUCCCAAGUGGUUUGACUUCGAUUGGAUCAAACUGCUUUUCAUUGUGCAGUGAGCUACGAACACUUCGUCUUCCAAAGAGUCUGCAGAAGAUCGGCAAAAACUGUUUCAAUGGAUGUGUGUCAUUAAAAACAUUUCAAAUGCCCAAUGACGCGUAUUUCAUUGGAGCUUCUUGUUGUUCUUCGUGUCAGAAAUUGCUCGAAGUUACUCUUCCAACGUCGUUGACGCAAAUUCCAAAAGCGGCAUUUUCUAAGUGUUUUUCGCUCUCACAAAUUGCGUUUCCAAAAUCAAUUAAAAAAGUUUGUGAGAGGUGUUUUGAUGGGUGCACAUCACUAAAAUCAGUUAAAAUACCAAACAAUAUUUCUUCUCUUGGAAAGAACUGUUUUUCAAAUUGCGUUUCACUCACAAAAGUGACUUUUGAAGAUGGCAACAAUUUUUUACUGAGCCUUCCAGACGACUUAUUAAGCUACUGUUACUCUCUCGCGUCUUUUGUUGUUCCCAUACAAAUCAGUCAAAUAGGAAGUAACUGCUUUAAGUCGUGCAAAAAAAUGACUUCAAUAUGUAUAACACAAAAAGUCACUGUUCUCUCAAAAUUUUGCUUCUCAGAGUGCGUUUUAUUAAGUAAAAUAACACUUCCAAGUAAUUUGUGUGUUGUUGGAGUUUCGUGCUUUUUUGCAUGUAGUGCUCUAGUGGAAAUACAUUUACCAAAUACAGUCACUUGUAUUGGUGAAAGGGCAUUUUGCGAGUGUCAAGCGCUCUCGAAAGUUGUUCUCCCAAACGCUCUCACAGAACUGAACGAUGGGACGUUCAUGAAAUGUUCAAGUUUGAAAUAUGUUGACAUCCCAGGCAACGUAUGCAAAAUAGGUAACAACUGCUUUAGAGAGUGCGUCGCUUUAAUAUCAAUAGAACUUCCUGAAAGUGUCACAAAAAUUGGAGAAAAGUCGUUUUUCAUGUGUAAAAACAUGGCAAAUGUGAGACUUAAAAAUGGGUUAAAAAGUGUUGGAAAAGAUUGUUUUUGUGAGUGUAACAAUUUAAAUGAAAUUUUUGUCCCUACAAGUGUCACUGAGUUUGGGGAAAACUGUUU